CAAAAUUGGCAUGAAACAAAAUAAACAAACUUUGAAAAUAUAGAGACUUUAUCGCCUUAGUAAUUAAAAUAUAGCCACCCCUAACGUCUAACCUUAUCUCUUCAGGUAAUUGUUUAGGUGUGUUCUUAAUAAUGGAUGAAGAUGAUAUGAUUGUCUUGGUCAUCGGAAACCCGGAGUCUGCAAAUUCUUCAUCAGAAAAUCCACCUUCAUCUCCCGUAAUAAAGCCUGAACCGAUUGAUGAAAGUGAUAUGAUGGAAAUUAUAGAGAAAGCUAAAAAACAUGGCAAGCUGUUGGAUAUCAUGUCUCAAAACGAUAGUAAAGAAUCUAUCUUCAAAAAAGAUUGGGAACAGUUUACAAAUACUACAUUGGACAUAGAAUUUAUAAAACAAGAACAUUAUAGUGAUGAAGAGUUUCUUGAGCAGAAUUUGGGUAUAAAAGAAGAAUUAAUUGGUGCUGAAGAAGAUGAUAAAACAUAUGCUCCUGAAGAAGAUUUGAAUGAUGAUGAUUAUACUCCUGAUAUUGAAGAAAAUGAUUCUUUCUCUGAUUCAGAUGUUGAAUAUGAAUCGAAAGUGCACAGAAGGGCACAUCUAGGUCCAGCACAGCGGAAGUCUUUUGUACAAGAUUUGAAACAAGAAUAUCCUGAAUUAAGUAAAAAUGAAAAAGCUCUUAUUAGAACAAUAGCAGAAAUAAUGAGGAAUGUCAAGAGGCCACAACCCCCACGAGAUUAUUAUAUAGUGAAUGAUAUUAUGUUUGAGUGUAGAAAGUGUGGGACUAUGUCAGAGACAGAGCCUGCUGCAAGUCGCCAUUAUCAAGAGAAACAUGGCCCAAGAUAUCUUGUCUGCUACGCUUGUGGUGUAGAUUUCAGGAGUACGACAAACCUGUAUAAACACGAGAAAAGGUGUAUAGCUCCGGACGCUGUUCUCGUGCUUAAAGCUCGUGCCUUAUCUCUAGGUCGUAAGGGCCGCGGCAGGCCAUUUUUACCAAAACCAGACGAGAUAUUACUCAGACAACCUGUCAGUAAAAAAUACUGUUGCGCGGAGUGUCCAGCGGUUUUCUCUUCUAAACCAAACCUGGAGGCGCAUGAGAACUUGCACAAGGGUCUCAGGCCGUACCGCUGCAGCCAGUGUCCCAAUGCAUACACUUCAUAUCCAAGGCUCAGGCGUCACAUGAGGCAGCAUUCGUCUGAUGCUUACAUAUGCGAUCACUGCGGGCGCCUGUUCAAAGUGAAGGAAGCUCUCGUCGUACAUCUCAACACACACAUGCCGGUGGCGAAGUUCGGUUGUUCGGAGUGUUCGCGUCGUUACGCGACUAAGGCCGCCCUCAACCAUCACGUGCGCCGGCAGCAUCUGCGUCUGCCGCCCGCCUGCGCCUGCCCGAUCUGUCCCAAGAGAUAUCCUCGCAUGUCACUGGUGAGAGAUCACAUGAAGAAGACCCACGGAAUGUCAUUGAUGACCCGCAAAAUGUUCUUCAAAGCGUUGCCCACCUUAACAGAGGCGCAGUUACAAAAAGCGAAAGAUAUUUUGAAAUUGGAUCAGGGUAUAACCAAUUUGGCGUCGAAUAGUCUUCUCGAUGUAUGAUAAAUAAUGAAACACCAGCGGUGAUUCUGUGU